ACAUCUUUUCUAAACUGCUUGAGGUUGCAUUGUUUCCUUUCCUUUAGGGGUUUUGACUAAGUAUUCCCUCUAGAGCCAAAAUGUGUUUUUAUUAAUUUGUCACUAAGUAUGAUGUAAGUUUGAAUUUGCCUCCAGAACUGCUGUUAAUUCCACUGUGGUUUACAGACAUUACCCGCCUCUCUAGUCUCCAUACAAAGCCACUUUUUUUCCCCCUACAUUUGACCUUGAAUUUUUGCUACAAACGGUUGCAUUUUUUGACCUCUCCUCUCUGAAUUGUACUGGAAUUGGCCUAUCCCAUUUUAGUCCCCUAGCGGAGAAAAAUGGGCCUACAGUAAGAAACUGAAAAUAAGGAUGAGCGCCAUGUCUGAUCCUCCGCUUGUGGAAUAGAGCGGAGAGCACAGCGAAUACAUCCCGGGCCGGUGGGGGUCCCCUCGGUGUUCGGUGGAAUCAUGGCCGACAGCGCUGGGAUUCAGCAGGGUUCUCCGGCCAUCGGAGCCGCCGGCUUGGUUCCGGCCGCUCCUGGAGCCGCGGGGACGGAGGGCUCCGGCGCCGCUGGACGAUCCGCACGUAUCGCCGUGAAGAAGGCGCAACUCCGCUCCUCACCACGACCGAAGAAACUGGAGAAACUCGGAGUAUAUUCGUCCUGCAAAGCUGAAGGAGCUUGUAAGUGUAAUGGUUGGAAGAGUCAGAACCCACCACCUACACCCCCACGGACCGACCAGCAAUCCAAUACAGUCAACCUGCAGGAGCCCUGCAGGAGCUGCUCUCACACUUUGGGUGAUCAUGUGACCCAUCUGGAAAAUGUUUCAGAAGAAGAGAUGAACCGACUCCUUGGUAUUGUCCUGGAUGUGGAGUAUCUCUACACAUGUGUUCACAAAGAGGAGGAUGCUGACACCAAACAGGUCUACUUUUCACUCUUCAAACUGCUGAGGAAAUCCAUCCUUUUGAUGGGUAAACCAAUGUUGGAAGCACAGGACAGUCCUCCAUUUGAAAAACCCAGCAUAGAGCAGGGAGUGAACAAUUUUGUCCAGUACAAAUUCAGCCAUCUGCCGUCUAAAGAACGUCAAACCAUCAUGGAACUGGCCAAGAUGUUCCUCAACCAGAUCAACUACUGGCAGCUAGAGACACCUUCCCAGAGACGUCAGCGGGUGCCUAAUGAUGAUGCAGCUGGAUAUAAAGCCAACUACACCAGAUGGCUCUGCUACUGCAACGUGCCUCAGUUCUGUGACAGUCUACCCCGGUAUGAGACCACACAGAUCUUCGGCCGGACCCUGUUGCGUUCGGUGUUCACUGUGAUGAGGAAACAGCUGUUGGAGCAGGCGAGACAAGAAAAGGACAAGCUGCCACCGGAGAAACGCACACUUAUUCUCACACACUUUCCCAAGUUCUUGUCUAUGCUGGAGGAGGAGGUGUACAGCCACAGUUCUCCAAUCUGGAGCCAAGAUUUCCUGGCAGGAGCGUCAGGAGGGCAGAUUCCAAUCCACACAGUGAUCAGUGCGCCCCCUGUGGCCAGGCCUUUGUACUACAGCACCAGCCCUGUGUCUGUGGAUCCAUCCAGCGGCAGCGUCAGUCCUGCCAGGAAAACAGCAUCAGUACUGGAGCCAAAUCCAGUUGGAGAGAAGCGUAAGCCCUCAGAGCCCCUCACCCAAGAGGAAAACAAGAGGCCGAGGGUGGUGGGCGACAUCCCCAUGGACCUCAUCAAUGAAGUCAUGGCAACCAUCGCCGACCCUGCUGCUAUUCCAGAGACCAGCCUGUUGUCGGCUCAUUCUGCCCGUGAUGAAGCUGCACGUUUGGAGGAACGCCGCGGGGUGAUCGAGUUCCACGUCAUCGGUAACUCCCUCAAUCAAAAGCCCAAUAAGAGGAUCCUGAUGUGGCUCGUUGGUCUCCAGAAUGUCUUCUCCCACCAGCUUCCCCGGAUGCCCAAGGAGUACAUCACACGGCUGGUGUUUGAUCCAAAGCACAAGACUCUGUCACUGAUCAAGGACGGUCGUGUCAUCGGUGGAAUCUGCUUCCGGAUGUUUCCAUCGCAGGGUUUCACGGAGAUUGUCUUCUGUGCCGUGACCUCCAACGAACAGGUCAAAGGUUAUGGGACGCAUUUGAUGAACCACCUGAAGGAGUACCACAUUAAGCAUGAAAUCCUCAACUUCCUCACUUACGCUGAUGAAUACGCCAUUGGUUACUUCAAGAAACAGGGUUUCUCAAAGGAUAUUAAGGUUCCUAAGGCCAAGUACGUGGGCUACAUCAAAGACUACGAGGGCGCCACACUAAUGGGCUGUGAGCUCAACCCCAGCAUCCCCUACACCGAGUUCUCAGUGAUUAUCAAGAAGCAGAAGGAGAUCAUCAAGAAGCUUAUUGAAAGAAAGCAGGCCCAGAUCAGAAAAGUCUAUCCUGGACUUUCCUGUUUUAAGGAAGGAGUUCGACAGAUCCCCAUUGAGAGCAUUCCUGGCAUACGUGAGACUGGGUGGAAGCCAAUGGGAAAGGGAAAAGAACUGAAGGACCCAGAUCAACUGUACAGCUCCCUGAAGACCAUCCUCCAACAUGUAAAGAGUCACCAGAACGCCUGGCCCUUCAUGGAACCUGUGAAGAAAACUGAGGCCCCUGGGUACUACCAAGUCAUUCGCUUCCCCAUGGACCUUAAGACCAUGAGUGAGCGUCUAAAGAGCAGGUACUACACAACGCGCAAGUUGUUCAUGGCUGACAUGCAGCGCAUCUUCACCAACUGCCGCGAGUACAACCCCCCUGAGAGCGAGUACUAUAAGUGUGCCAACUUACUGGAGAAAUUCUUCUACACCAAGAUCAAAGAAGCGGGCCUCAUAGAGAAGUAGAAGAAGAAAGAAAAGUCUGGAUGAGAUGAUCCUCAGACAAAGAAAAUAAAGGACAGUGACUGAACGCACAAACAAACAGAGGAAAAGGACUCCUGGUUCUGGAGGAGCAGCUAGAGAGGCAUCUUUAAGUAAAGGUGAGACCAGAUCUCAGAUCAGCGCUCUUUAAUAUUUAACGAACGCCGGCCCAGUUCCAGAAUCAGUAGCUUUGACUGAUAUUUACACUGAAAGAGCAGCGGCGGCGGCAGCGAGGGAACGGCCUCUUUGAAGACCUGCGAGACUGUUGCUAAAGUGAAACUAAAGAAGAACGGUGUCUUCUUGUUUCAUCACGUAUCCCAGGGUUCCACAGGAGAAGGAAAGUAGAAGGUGUAUGUAAUAGUAACAUAUUCAACAGGGCAGAGGCAGGCGUCCUAUGUUUUUACUCUAGGAACGAUGACAAGGAAAUGACGACUAAUUAGAUUCACACUCACACACACACUCUGUCUUCACCCUGCUCUUCUCUCUUAUGUUACACUUGCAUCUUCUGCCUUUUUUAUUAAACAUCUGCCUCCUCCUCCUCCUCCUCGGUUGACUCAGGUACAGAUGUCAUGAGCACAUCUACACUAUAUGGAGUCAUUAUAAAUUUCCACAUUUUCUGUCUGUGAGGAAAAGCCUCUCAUGAUGAUGUUAAAGUUUGUUCUGAUGUGAUGAGUUCAUCCUGCCAAAAGAGGAAUACAUACUUUAAAAUUUGUACAGAUUUGCAUUACGUCAAAGCACUUAUAUUCCCUGUAUAUUUCAAAUGUAUAUAUAUAAUAUAUAUUUUCUGUUUCAGAACUAAAAAAAAAGAUCUUUUUGUUUUCGGUAAACCGCAUAGGGCAGUUUGUCUAUCGAAAUGCACUUUUAUUUUUCCAAGUAUUAGUUAACAUAAACGAGAGCAUCCUCUUUUCUUCAGAAUUUGUUUUACAUAUAAAUUACCUGCUAUUGACUAAGGACUAAUUUAAUUACCUAGAGUUUAUUCUUAUUUAUGUGCUGUAAUUUAAAUGAACUAUGCUUAAGACAAGGUCUUAAUUUAUUCUUUCUUAUUUUUGUCCUGCAGAUGGAGAUUGAUAACUUUAUACUUUGGAGAUACAUGAAAAAGAUUGUGCAAUACUAUGUAGUUUUGCUGUUUUGUAAGAAAAAAAAAAAAAAAAAAAAGAAAGUGUUUGUACUUUUCAAACCUUCUGACAUAUUUUCAUGUCUGAGGGAAAAAUAUUUCAUGCUCUUUGUACAAUUGGUUUUAAUGACAUAGUAUUAGCCUAUUUUGUAGACUGAAUAAAACAGAACUGAAGCUGAAA